AUGACGAAGCAAAAAUCCGUCAUUGUUAUUCAAAAGACUGAACUAAACAGUGAUGAUUUUGUGAAAAUGAUUUUAUUGGAUGCCAUCUUUAUAAUUGAGCUCUUUUGGAGGACUCUAAAUUAUCGAAAUGAUUACAUAUUACGUAAACCAUGGCUGGAAAUUGGUAUACAAGAUGACUUGAUAUUGCUUGAGAAUCAACUUCGUAUUUUUGUUCUUGAGAAAUUAUAUAAGUUCCCCUUCAAUGACUCUUCUAGUUGCAACCAUCACGAAGAAGGCAAGGAAAUUGUUGAACACAAAAAUGACCUGAAGACACAUGAUGCUCCCUUUGUCAAGCUUUCCCGCAAGUAUUUUUCUGACUAUUAUAAACUUGGAAUCGGUGAGGAAGUACCCAUCGGUGAGGAAGUAAACUAUUUCACAGAUUUGCUAAGAUAUUUGUUAUGUUCACUACCGGACCUUUCCACUCACGCACCUUCGGAUACUCGAUAUUGUGCCAAAAAGCUUGAUGAUGCAGGAUUGAAAUUCAAAGCAGCUGAAAAGAGACCAUUACUUGAGAUACAAUUCCAUCAGAAUUUCUGUCGCUGCUUCGAUUGCUCAUGCCUCCUUGCUUGCUUACCAUGCUUUAAAUGCUUUCCGUUCGUGGAGAGUAUGCAGUGUAUCUUGGAAGUCCCACCCUUGGAGAUUGACGACUAUCUACGUAAUGCUUACAUAUGCAAUUAUGUUGUGCUAUUGGAUUGUCCUAUCGACACUGAAGAAGAUGUGAAUUUGCUUGUGAAAAAGAAAGUCAUUGUUAACCUGCUUGGUAGCAACAUUGAAAUGGCGGAUCUAAUUAACAAACUCGGUGAGCAGAUUGUGGAAUCUACGUCAUGUUACCAUGAUAUCGCUAAAAAUCUUAAUGAGCACUAUGAUUACCCUUGCAACCAUAUCUUGGCAUCCCUAACAAGAGUACUGUAUUCCCCGAUAUUUGGAAAGGAACCGCAACUGUGGUUGGACUAA